AUGAUUUCCACCAGCGCACCGAAGUUAUCUCUCUCCAUGACGAAGGCCUCAUCGAAGAAUGCCGUAAAAGAAGAAGAACCGAAGGACAUCGCUAGGGGUGUCGUGGACGAUGUUGGAAAGGCCGACUCUUCCUCUGCCGAAACUCUGGACUCCCCAUCGGACAACGUCACCCUGGAAGAGCAGCCUUGGUCCCGUGAGGCAUCUGGUCCAUCUACUUCUUGUGCUCCAUCAGACUCAGAGGACCUCUCUGACAACCCUGAAGACUCCACCGAGAGCAGUUCCGUCGCCGACUCUCCCCGAAAGAUGCCAGGCUCGUACCCCACGCUCGACAAGAUUGCUCACACACCUCUUUCUCGCACGGCCAGCAAUUGCUCCGAUAAUUAUCAAACACCCUCGAGACUACGCGACUCCCUCAAAAGCUACUGCAGCUCGGUCCAUGCGCAACUACACGCAAACAACUUCCUCCCGAACGACCUAUUUCCAACUGGCAAUCUAGUCGAGGGUACUCAUAAACUCCACCUCAACGACGGCACAGUCUACGAGCCCGAUGCACAUAUUUCCUUCCUCGGAGCCGAAGUGCCGGCCAUUAUCUUCAACAUCUGCUGGAGCGACAUCUACGAGAAGAGACUCAAGCAGCUAAUCACCGCUAUGAUGCAAACAAAUGGUCGUCUCCGCUGCGCCAUCCUCAUCUCUCUCCACAAGGGCCAGCGAACCGAGGUAGAGGCCAUUGAAGGUCUUAUCCAAGCCGACAAAGUCACCGUUACCGUCUUGAAGCUCUACGAGUCCGAAGACGGCGAAACACACGUCCUGCAGGGUGUGUAUGACAACCUCGAGAUCUCUUCCAAUAGCAUGGAGACCGUCCUCUUCGAGUGGAAGGACUUGACACCAGCGCCCUGGCCGCAUGCAAACCUGCCGGUACCAUCUUGCGAGAUUCCUCUGGCCCCCAUCGCAGAGCUGGGCAAAGACAAAAGAGGAGGGAAAGAGCCGGAGCAAGAUUUUGAGGUUUGGAACGUUCCUGAUCGGUCUGUCAAGUUGUCGCCGAGGUUGUAUGCUUUCUACAAUGCUCGUCCAAUGCAGAUGGUUGAUGCUCUGAAGAAGUGGAUGCCCUCCAUGGGAUUUUGA